GUCCAAAUCCCAAAGUGCUGUGCGGUUCACUCAUGACAUGCUGUUCGAUGUCGUGGCAGCGGUCCGGUGACAUGCAAGUCCACGUGUCGUGGCAUUUCCCAGAAAGGCCUCCAAGUAAAUCUACCAUAAACAAUACACUGCAACUGCAGGAAACACAGGGAAUUCACCCGCAAAUGAAUCUGUCCCCCAUUCUGCGAAUUCCAGUGAUUUCAGGUAAGGAGGUUUGCGGUCACUCCUGCGACCAUGAGUUUUGUUUUUCGUGGGUCUCGAGCAGAUAUAGAAAGUGGACUUCCAGGAUUUAUUCCUCAGAGACCUGCAGUGCGUCUUCAUCCAGCUCGGCCAGUUAACACUAAUUCACUGGCUUUUCUUGUCACAGUGCUUUUGCUGUUUAUGAUUUUGAACUCUCAUCAGAUGUCACCAAACUUUCUGCUCUGGCUAGUUGUGGGGUUCUUUUUUAUGGCCACGAGCUUGAGGAUGUAUGCAACUUGUCAACAACUACAAGCUCAUGCCCAAGCUCAUGCUGCAGCUGCCAGUGGCCUACUUGGUCAUACUGAAUUGCGUUUGCGUAUGCCACCAUCAAUAGCUUUUGCAACUAGAGGGCGAUUACAAGGAUUGCGACUCCAGCUUGCACUUCUUGAUCGCGAAUUUGAUGACCUGGAUUAUGAAACCUUGAGAUCACUAGAUUCUGAUAAUACUUCCUCAACUUCACUGAGUGAGGAAGAGAUCAAUGCUUUACCUGUUCACAAGUAUAAGGUCACUGGUCCACAAAGUGAGGGGUCAUCAAUGCAACAGGCUGCAUCUUCUUCAGCCUCAGCUGAGUUUGACGAGAAGGCUAGGCAAGACUCUAGAAAGGGGGACAGCAGCAUGAAGGGUUCAGAAGAUGAACUGACAUGCAGCAUUUGCUUGGAGCAAGUCAACAGGGGAGAGCUUGUACGUAGCUUGCCAUGCUUGCACCAGUUCCAUGCCAACUGUAUUGAUCCAUGGCUGCGACAACAAGGCACAUGCCCUGUCUGUAAAUUUAGGGUCGGGGCAGGAUGGCAGGAGAGCAGGGAGAGUGAAAUAGAUGAUGCAGAAAUGGUUUAAUAGCUUUCAAAGUAGUACAAUCUGUGUAUGCAAUCAUCUAUCAUACUGGAAAAUAAUAAAUGCUGCAGCAUAUAUGUGUAUAAACUUUAGAAAAGUUGUUUA